CGGAUUUUGAAGAAGUACCUUCACAGAGAGGCUAACCUGGCUUUUUUUCCCCUCACCUUUGCGAAAUUACGGACAUCCCAUAUGCAAGAGGAUGAGAAGAUGUUUGCAGUUGGAGACUCGUCUGCCUCUACAGUGUUUUUGUACUCAGCUGUAGUAGGUCUCAGCAUAGCGUCCUGUCAGGGGGUCUCCUCUGUCUCUUUGUUCAAUUAGAGGAAGGAAGGGGAGAAAGUUCUAAACAGAGGUGUAUUUUGGACCACUGCUUCCACGAAGGAAGUGAAACUUUAGUGCUAGUUGUUAGUUACUUUUCCUUCAUCCUGGUUGCAAACCUAACUUUCGCAACCUGCUGUUUCUACUGAGAUCUGUCCUCGGAAUCAGACACAACAUGGACUGCCUGGCUGGUUACCGGAGGUCCCGUCACAAACAUCUUGCCUCGGGUAGGUGACCCUUACAAGCUGGACAACAGUGAGGAUGAACACUGUCAUUGGUUGAAUAUAGAUAUUAGGAAGAGAUCUAGGGUUGAUAUUUUUUUUUUUUCUAAAUAAAAGACUGGACUGACUAUGAAGCGGCGGCGCAAGUACUGGUUUUGGAGGCGGAAAGAUAGGAAAGUCAAAGCUGAUGAGGGGCCCUGCGUGGCGGUGAAAAUCGAACACUCCAGAGCUCUAGGUACUAGCCCAGCGGGCAAACAGAGCAACACACCCAGUGUUCAGGCGUGCCUGAGUCGGGCGGGGGGGGGAACACCUGACCGGAGCAGGAGAGGAGUCAAUGGAAGAAGCACCAGCUUCAGGCCUCGGCUGUCGUCUAAACCACAAGUGCCUCCAAAGCCAGCACAUCUCCAGAGCCCGGUGACGGGGCUCACAUCGCCACUAGGCCGCGUACAGAGACCACCACUAAAACAGAGGAUGGAUGAGGGAGGAGGAGGAGGAGGAGGGAGAGGGGCUGUAAAACACUCCAAGGUGUCAGACCUCAUCAGCCGCUUUGAGGAGAACAACGGCACAGAGACCAAGAGAGACGGCUCGCCGAUCAAACAGAUCACCAAGUCGACCAACAGCAGCCCAGCUCACCGCGCCUACCCGAAGAAGACGGAGGCGGACGGGCUUCAGGAGAACCACUCCUCCAAACCAGCCUCUCCUGAGGAUGAACACAAACCGGCAGCCAACGGGGUGCUAGCCCAGAUGGAGCAGCACAAGGACAAGGAGGACAGCCAGGAAGAGAACAGUGACAGUGUGAGGACAGACACCACGGGGCUGGUAAACGGAGACAUGGGGAGCAGUGAACAGAGUGAGGGUCUCUCACCUCCACACACAGACAGGACUGUGACAGAAACUGAGAAUAAGGACAGUGGGACUCAAAUAGAAACCGAGCACAAGAACGAAGAAGGGGGCACCGAGCAUAAGGAGACAAAUGAACAGAAGCUGUUUAAGAUCGCCAGCGAGCUCCUGCACACAGAGAAGGCCUACGUAGCGCGACUGAACCUGCUGGACCAGGUAUUCUGUGCUAAGCUGAUGGAGGAGGCGAACAAAGGAACGUUCCCUGUGGACGUGGUGAAGAACAUCUUCUCCAACAUCGUCUCCAUCCACGCCUUCCACAGCCAGUUCCUGCUUCCAGAUCUGGAGAAACGCAUGGGGGAAUGGGCGGCCACUCCUCGAAUCGGAGACAUCCUGCUGAAACUCACACCCUUCCUCAAGAUGUACGCAGAGUAUGUGAAGAAUUUCGAGAAAGCCAUGGAGCUGCUGAAAACCUGGACUGAUCGCUCGCCUCAAUUCAAGGGCAUCAUUCAGGAGAUACAGAGUCAGGAGGCGUGUGGCAGCCUGACGCUUCAGCAUCACAUGUUGGAGCCCGUGCAGAGAGUCCCUCGCUACGAGAUGCUGCUAAAAGACUAUCUGAAGAAGCUGCCUCAGGACGACUCCGACCGGCAGGAUUCAGAGAAAUCAAUAGAAAUAAUCGCCACAGCAGCCACUCACUCGAACAGCGCUAUACGAAAAUCUGAGAAUCUGAAGAAACUGAUGGAGAUAUACGAGAUGCUGGGGGAGGAGGAGGACAUUGUAAACCCCUCAAACGAGUUCAUCAAAGAGGGCCACAUCUUGAAGCUGGCGGCCAGGAACACCUCGGCCAUGGAGCGAUACCUCUUCCUGUUCAACAACAUGCUGCUGUACUGCGUGCCUAAAUUCAGUCUGGGAGGCACUAAGUACACGGUGAGGACGCGGAUCGGCAUCGACGGCAUGAAAGUCCUGGAAACGCUCAACGAGGACUACCCUCACACCUUCCAGGUGUCCGGGAAGGAGAGGAUGCUGGAGCUACAGGCCAGCUCAGAGCAGGACAAGGCAGGCUGGAUUAAGGCUUUCCAGAGGACCAUUGAGAUCUUCCAGCAGAAAAACGAGUCAUUCAAGAAUGCACUGAAAGACGAGGAGGAAGUGUCGAACGCAGAGCUGGGGAAGCGCGCCCCUCGCUGGAUCCGCGACAAUGAAGUGACAAUGUGUAUGAAGUGUAGAGAGUCUUUCAACGCUCUGACGCGGAGGAGGCACCACUGCAGAGCCUGCGGAUACGUGGUGUGCUGGAAAUGUUCAGACAAUAAGUGGGAUCUUGAAUAUGACAACAACAAGACGCACAAAGUCUGCAAGGACUGCUACCGCAUCCUGUCCGGAGAAGGGGUCGCAGAGGGCAAGAAGAAGGGCAUCCUGGAGAUCGAGGCGGCUCAGUUCACAGGCAGCAGCAUCAUGUGUGGCUUCCUGCAGUACUGUGAGAAGACCAAAGCUUGGCAGAAAGUGUGGUGUGUCAUCCCCGAGAAGGAGUCACUGGUGCUCUAUCUCUACGGAGCUCCGCAGGACGUGAAGGCCCAGUGCACCAUCCCCCUGCUGGGCUACAACGUGGACGACAGCGCCCGGGCCACAGACCCCCCCGCUGUCUUCCGCCUCACCCAGUCCAAGUCCAUCCACAGCUUUGCCGCUGAUACCGAGGAGCUCAAGCAGCGCUGGCUGAAAGUCAUCCGAGUGGCGGUGAGGGGGGAGGUGCCGGAGUGCCCUGAGACCAACGGGGGCAGCGCCAACGUGACGGACAACAACAACACACAGGAAGCCAGUAUUGAUAGCUCAUAGAAGUGUGUUUACUACAAGCUAACUGCUGUGGAGAUGCUACAGAAAGACAGGAUGUGCACUGCAAGCACAAACGAACACUCUCUAUGCUGUCCUCUAAAGACAACGAGAUAAAUCAGUGCUGGAUAUGCUCCCGUUUUUUCCUGGAUGUGUUCACACUUCUGACUCACUGCUAGAACCGUGCUGGAUUACUAAAGGAUGUUUCUGGUGCAGUCAACACUAGAGCUGUCAGGAUUGAGUGACUCUUCUCCAACAGGCACUAUAAAAGACAGCUCAAACUCAGUCUUCGAAGACUUUCAAUCCGAGUCAGCUCCUCUUGAGCCACCACAGUGGGUUUCCACAGCGCUGUACAGGAAGUGAAUCAAAGCUAAAGGACGUUCCAGACGGUGCUGUGACUCAACUCUGUACCUGUACAGUAUAAAUGGGUUUUUUUCUUUCCUUUUCAAAAAAGGAAAAAUGUGUUUUUGUGUACAUAAAUCAAUCCCAAAUGUUGUUUUGAUAACAUAGAAAAUGUCUAAGUAUAACAAAAAUAUUUACAGUUUUCCACUUUUUCUUUGCUUGAGAAAAUGGAUCCAAAACUGGGAAAAUGGUCGUGUGCUUGGAUAAUGAUGGUCCCAGCUCCCUUUCUCAUCCCUCAGUGAAAAGUAUUCACUUUUAACCAAAAAUCUGGUGUUGUGUUUUCUAUUAAGCUACAGGAGUAACCAGUCUUAAAUAUAUGGGCAGCUGAACAUAGUAAAAAAAUUAAUUCCUACAGUUUUAUAACGUAAUGACAAUACGUAUUGUGAUACAUUUGUCGUAAAAAAUGUAUCUAAAAAAUAUUUUAUAGAUCAAAUUGACUACCCGUACAAUAAGUCAGUCCUGCUCAUUGGUUUGCAACAUAAAGCAAUUUUUGUAUCACAGCUCAAGUAAUGUUGGAGGACUGCAAGACAGAUUGAAGCAGAGAUACCCCCUAGUACAAACCAGUCCUCCAUUUCCCAUGAUGCAACCCAAUAGACUUCCAUUAGGUAUUACCUGAUUGCUACCAAUGUUUUGUCAGGUAUAACAAGUCCAAAGCUUAACUCAAGAUUACCCUGAGGAUGUCAUUCUGUCAGACGUUCACUGUAGAGACAAUAUACAACUGUAUUCACAGCUUGAGUAGCAUUAUUCCUGGAAAAAUGUACAAAUAGGUAAUGUAUUUGUAAAUGCAAAUCACCUUUAAAAUGUUUAGCUACUUUGUAAGAAACUAUUUAAGCAGUUCAUACAUUCUACGGUCUCACAUUAUGUAUUGUCAUACUUCGCCCAUCCCUAAGGCCUCGACAGUGCUCUUUGAAUUCAAAUGGCCCUCUGCAAUCAUGUGUAAUUAAUAUGGCCCAAAACUGAGGAUGUGAGAGACGGACCGGGAUCAUCACGUUUUUCUAUAAAGAUGCGAACGAGGAACAAUCACAGAUACAGCGAGAAAUGUCAAUGUCUUUUUUAAUGCUGUAAUUAAUUUUAUUAUUUAAAGUAAUUUAUAGAGUAUGAAAAGCAUGAUCUGUUAAAAGUAGCACAAAUGUGUACCCUGACUGUCAACUAAGAAGCGCAGUAGGUAGAUCGUAUUUUCUUCUGAGGAGAUUUUUUCGAACUAACAUGAAACCUGGGUUCUUCAGUGUGACAGCGAAUACCCCCGCUCAAUGCAGGUGCUCACCUGAGUCUCCCCCCCCUGGACUCCCCCCUUCAGUAUUCAAAUAAAAAGACAAGAGCACAAGACUUCCCGUCUGUAAUAUCUGAAUGUAUAUGCAGAUUUGUAUGCUCUCAUCCCUCACCAAAAGGUUUGAGAAUCGACGCACUUUACAGUCUUAGAGUGUACCUUCAAAGAAAAAUGAUAUGAUAUGGGGUUCUUGCUUGUUUGUUGUAAUAUACAAAUGUUUGAAUAACUUGACUGUGUUAUCAUGGUAACUCAAACCACUCAUUGUGAUGCUACCUUAAAAAGGGCCCUUAUAUUUUGGGGUGGGUUUUCAUUUCCUGUUGUGUUAUAUCAAGGUCUUUCUGCAUGUUAAUGCCCUCUAAGCGAUUGACCAAUCACAACAGAACCGGCCAGCUAACCAAUCGGAGCAGACUGGGCUCUGGUUUCAGACAGAGGGUGGAAAGAGGUGCCGCAGCACAGACAGUUUCAGUAAAUAAAGACCCUUUUGAACAUUUAAGCAUGGAGACAUGUGAAGGUAGAGGCACAAAGAGCCCCUUUCAAAAAAGGAACGUCUCGUUUUGGUUCCUUGUUUUGUGUCUCCUCUCCUGAUAAGAAGUGUUUCACUUUGAGUUAUGCCAGACAUGCACUUAAAACGAACGGGGACAUCUGUCAAAGUGAGAAAGUUGAACAG